CCCAUAAGUAUCAGCACGGGUGCAGAGAGCGUAAUCAGUCCAAUCUUCUUCCCUGCUGGUAUGAGCGCAACUUCCAAUUUCGCGGUGACCUACACUGCAGCCCAGCUUUCGACACCGAGGUACACAUCCCGCGGAAUCAAGUACGUGCGCGUCCAGUACGUCGAUUACUCGAACAUGGUACGCUUCCGGGUGUUGCCCGUCUCGUACUUCAAACGGGUCUGCAAGCUCCCACGUCCGAGCCUCAACUUCUUGCGUUUUGCUCUCGCGUUCGUCGGCUCCCAGGUCGCGGAGGGAUUCAGCAGUUCCGAUGAAUGCGUCCAUGUGAUAGACCUGAACACUUCCGAGAAGAUGCCCUCGCCGACCGGUGAGCUCGCAAUGUCGCUGUGUCCUAGGACGAUGCUACAGAAGGUGGUCGACGAGGCCAAACAGGAGGCCGAUCUGACGUUCUUGGUCGGCUUCGAAUCCGAAUUCAUCCUGCUGAAGGCGACGUCACCGCCGGAGCUAGUGAAUGACGCGGGAUGGGGCUGCUCUGCGGGCUACCGCACAGACUCAGUCGAGAGCCGCGUGCUCGACGAGAUUGUCGAUUGCGUCGAGGAUGCUGGUAUCGAGGUGCAUUUUAUUCACGGAGAGACCGCUCCUGCGCAGUACGAGCUAGUGACGGGGCCGAUGUCACCUCUCGAGGCAGCCGACGCUCUGGUCUUCACGCGAGAGACAAUAUAUAAUAUCGCCCAUAAGCACGGGCUUCGGGCGACCUUCGCCCCGCGACUGUUGUCCGAUACCCUCGGCAGUGGAGCGCAUAUGCAUCUGUCGUUACACUCAAGCGUGCCUGUCACAGAACCCGACUCCAGAUCAGACGCUGCACUGGCACAGAAACUCACACCUACCGAACGCUCCUUCCUUCAGACCCUUGUGGAGCAUAUCGCUUCCCUUAGCGCGAUCACCCUACCCACCAAUGCCUCCUACAACCGCGUUCAAGAUGGCAUAUUCUCCGGCGGGACCUACGCGUGCUGGGGAUGGUAUAACAAAGACACGCCUAUCAGGGUUUGCGGAGAAGACGGAGCCCAUCAAUUCGAGGUGAAGACGAUCGAUGGCACGUCCAACCCGUAUCUCGUGUCCGCGGGUGUGUUGGCAGCUCGGUUGAAGGGCGUACUGAAUGGGGCGGAACUGAAGACUGGAAGUUGCGCCAAGUCUGUGGCACAAAUGAGCGAAGAAGAGAGGAGGGAGGUCGGGUUGGAGGAUCCUCGUCGCUUCCCGCGGACAGUCGCCGACGCGAGGCGCAUGUUGGACGAGGAUAACUUCCUGAACCGGGCGUUGGGUGCUGAGUUUGUGGGUGUGUUUCUGGGAGUAAGCAAGCUGUUAGAAGAACAGAUGACGCUGCCUACGGAGGAAGCGACGAUCGCACACCUUGUCCAAACGUUCUAGUACGAUACCUUCACGGGUCGUCUACAACCUUUGCAUGAUUGAUACGGAGAGCAUACUUAGGCUGCCAGUGCGCGUCGAACGCGCGUGGCGCUUUCGACGUGAUGGGUAACGAAGUGCAUGUCCGACGCUACUCAAGCAAUGAGUAUUUGCUCAGUCGUGUGAAAA